AUGCAGGCUCAAUGGUGCCUCGUCGACCGAUCUCGCUCUAAGCGCAGCAAUGACGAGGAGUCUGAUAUAUCAUCCAAGAGACAGCGCAGAGAACGGAGUCGCCUGGAGAGCUCAGACGAAUGCGAAGACCUUCCGCAAAUCAGGGGGGGACUGGCUCGGCCCCGGCCACCGCAAGUCGGGCCUCCCCCAAACAGAGCCACAAACACUGCCUCUCGAGCAAAUAAGACGACCCCACCAGCAAAUACCGCCGCUCCGAGAAAGACCCCUCAGAGCAAGGUCAGCAUCGUGGACAGUGACGACGAUGACGACGAUAAGGACUGGCGCCCGCGGAAAAAAGUGCCAACCCAGCCGAGCCAGUCGGGAACAACGGGCGCAGUCGUGGAAACCACAGACGCCUCGAACGCUUCGGGGCAGCCGCCGGGCUUGCCCGGGAUUCAGGGGACCUCAAACCCUCCGAAUCAACCACCACAGGUUGGUAACACGACGAUACCGCUGCCGCCGGUGGAGGUGCCGCCGCAACAACCUACACCGCCGCAAACGGGCCCAUCUAAUAGGAAACAGGGCGUUAAUACCGAUGCUGGUACUGGCACAAGCGGUCCCGGCGGCACCACAUCGACGACGACGCCGACGCCGACGCCGACGCCGACAAAAGUCGUGCUACCACCGUUUCCACAAGAAUCAGAGAUCCUCCAGCUGUACAGCAGACUUCAAGAAAUGGUGGUAACGUGGGUGGAAGAGUGCCUGCCCGACGUAUUCCCGGAGGAAUUCCAAACAGAGAGACCCGAAAGGUACUGGGAGCUCUGUGGCUGGUGCAGGCCUAGGAACCUUGGGAACACCAUGCUCUCGCACCGUUCAUGGGCCAAGUAUGUGUACGAAUCAUGGGUCUGGAGGUUCUUGUACCAAGAGAUCUUCCGACCCGGGUCCAUCGCCUGGGCGGGCAAUGACCUUCCGAGGAAUGCAGGAGGAGCCGGUGGCAUAGGAAGGGCGGUAAAUGCUAAAUUUGAAAACCUUUACGACCCAAGUCAAAGAACAAUGACCCCCGACAUGUACCUAAAGAGCAUACAGACCAGGGCGGCUAUGAUGCAGAAGAUUCGCAGCGGGUUUAUAUCGGAGAGAAGGCACCUUGCCGUCACGGGUGAGAUUGUCACCGAGAUGCUCGUCGCCUUCCAUCCUUACUUCUCAGAUGCAUACAAGCCCGCCGACCAGCCUCAGAACAUCGAGGUGCUCAUCAGAGACACGAUGUUCUUGGUCGCGAAAGCCCGAGAGCUUGACCAGAGGCUGCGGAGCGCCCGGCAUUUGUACGACCUGAUUCUCGGGAGAGAGGGCGACGAGUGCCGGAUCAGCGGCGUCAGGUCGCCGGCCAUUCAGCGCUACGAGGUUGCGGGCAAUAAUUCAACAUAUCCGCAUUAUUUUAAUGAUGAUUCAUUGCUCGCGCUGAUCGUUGUGCCGGGUCUGAUCAGAUUCGAUCUUGAAGAAGACUUGUACGGGACCGACGAUAAAUUGACUAAAGCUGAUGACGACCGCCGCCGUAACACCUCCUCAGAGGACGAGGGCGAUGAGGCCGACGACGACAACCAAGGCCAACUCGCCACCAUGGGCCCCCCAAUCGACGCCCACGUCGCCAGCCUUGUCGGCCACGCCAGCCAGAUGAUCGGAAUGUCUGGUGCGGACGGCACCGCCCUGGCCCUUGCUGCUGCUAACGUGGCCACCCCGGCUGAAGCCUUGAACCUGCUCGCUGCUUCUUCGGCAGUGGCUAACAUGGGCCUGCAGCGCGCAAGCAGCAAUGCGGCUCGUGCUCGCUUCAACCGUUACAAUGAAGAGCUGCAGAAGCUGCAGAAUCGCGUCACGCUUCUCGAGUGGCUUCUCAGCCGCGUUCUCUCCAUGAUGCAGAACGGCAACAUUGAUGCUGCCGAGGUUGCACAGGUGCUCCGAAACCUUGGUAUUUGA